AUGGCAUCAGCACGUUCUACAGCGCAGCAGGCUCGUCUCAACCGUGCGAAGCGGUUUGCAAAAUGCGGGGAUUGGUCGCGGUCACUGGCAGCACUGGAAGCUGGCGAGCUAGCUCCUCCAUCAUCAGAAACAGUUGUUGCCCUCAGCUCCAAGCACCCACCUGCUGCAGCAGAGAUUCCUGACUGGGUACACACCUUUACUCCUGCAGCCGCACCACAACUUACCGUCCCUGUUCUCCAUGCCGCUCUACAGUCCGCCCCCCGUGGCACAGCUGCUGGACCUUCUGAGUGGUUCAUUGAGUACCUCAGGGACACGUUUCUUUCUCAACAGCAGCAUCUCCCUUCUCUCCUCCACGUAUUCCAGAACUGGCUGCAGGGUGACCUUCCACCCGCAGUCAGGCCUUUCUACACCGCUUCGAACCUCGUGGCCCUGCAGAAACCGCAUGGUGGUGUACGUCCCAUCGCCAUUGGGGAAGUGCUACCACGCCUCCUUUCACGCUGCAUCACUCUCCUUUUUAAGCAGCAGAUGCGGGAGACAUUCCUUCCCCACCUUCAAUUUGGCGUAGGAGUUCCGGCCUGGAUCGAGAUUAUGUCGCACGCAGUGUGCUCCGCCUUCUCCCUUCAUCCUGACUGGGUGGUGCUUCACCUGGACGUUGCAAACGCGUUCAACUCGUUCAACCGGGUUUCCAUGUUUGAGGCAUUAAGGCGCUCCCCAUUCUCCAGUCUCAUUCCCUUCUUCCGCCUAUUCUACUCCACCCCUUCACCUCUCCACUACCGCAGCGGCCCCCUUCUCCACACAUUCCAGUCCGGGGUAGAAGUUCAACAGAAGCAGGAUAUCGUAUUUGACAUGCGGGAUUUUAGCACCACGAGCUUGCGCUCCUCUUGUCUGCCCGCCUCCUGUCCCUUCCCUCUCUCGUCCCUCUUCUGCCUGUCCCUCCCCUCCUCGCUUCUCUCACCUAUUCCCUCUCCGUGCCUACCCUCCUCUUCCUCCCCUUCCUCACCUUCCGCUCCCUCCCCUUCCUCUCCCUCCCUCCUCUCCCUCACCUCACCCUCUUCUCCCUCCUCUCCCUCACCCCCCUCUCCCUUCUCACCCUCCCAUACUCACCCUCCUCUCUCUCACCCUCCACUACCUCCUCGCCCUCCUUACAUUCCUUACCCUCCUCUCCCUCCUGAGUUUUAG